CAUACCUUCAACCAGGAUCUCGAAAUGGAUUACUUGAGAGGCAAGCAAGAUUUACCACCACCAGGUGGAUUCGAAGCUAUCAAAUAUAAGAGAUCUCUGCCAGUCAAAGGACCAAGUGGUGCCGUGAUAUUUGGUACGAUAUUUGGUAUCUGUACCUGGGGAUUCUACAAGCUUGGACAGGGUAAUUUAGAGAUGAGAGAGCUCGAACGUGAAAAAACAUGGUCUAGAAUAAACAUCGUACCACUUUUGAUGGCAGAAAAUGAUAGAGAUAUUUACCGCAGAGAAAAAGCAGCAUUGGCUAGAGAAGAAUCAAUUAUGAAGGAUGUAAAAGGCUGGGAAGUGGGUAAGAGCGUCUACAACGGCAAAAGAUACAAUACACCUUCAAUGUAUGUUCUAUAAAUUAGUAUUUUGAUUACAUUUUCCUCAUUAUUCCCUUUAAUUCAUUCCUGACAUCAGUUUUUAUACCGUCGUUAUGUGCUCUACCGCCGUCUCUUCUGAUUAGAACGUUUGAUGGUAAUUUAUUGUUCUCUUGUUCGCUUAUCAAUUCAUCUAUUAACCCAAUACGCUUGUCUGCUUUCUUUGACUUUUGAUAGGCAGCUGGGAUUGUCGCACUGUCGACAGUUGACAUCGUAGUUGGCUUUAUUAUAUACCGGGAUUUUUGUAUCAUACAGCGUGAUCUUGUUGUCAUCA